AUGAACUUAGACAGCGUUAGUGGACAAGACUUGUCUGGUGUAUUCAAGAUCGUCAAUUUGGCUGUAGCGGGCUUGACGGUCUUAUCAGGAUUAUCUCAACUCUUUAGUGGCAUUCAAUCGUUUGUGAUUGGUAUUUACCUUAUCGCGUUUGGAUCCAUAAUUGGGCUUCUUGAAUUCCGAGUUCCUGCUGAGGCCCAUACUUAUGCUUCUUUCUUAUUCUCCUUUAUUGGCCGAGGUAUUUUCUAUACUUUAAUUGGUGCCAGUAUCCAUGGUGCUAGUAUUUUCAGAAUUGGUGCUGCUAUUUUAAUAUUUAUUGUGGGGUUAGUCUACAUUGCAUUAGAGGCAGUUCCAAGUAUUUCACCUCCUGAAAAUAUGAAUCCAGAAGGUGUUGCAAUUGGAAUUGACGACGAUGACAUUAUUUAA